AUGGGUACGUGUGUGAAGCCGGAACAAAGAAAACGCCCUCGAGAAAUCAUCCCUCUAAGCAGCAGCAGCAGCGGCGAUUUGUCCGUUUCCAGUUCCGAAUCCUACAAGCAAAAGAAGGCCAUAACCGGAGCGGUUUUGCCCGUCGGGUUUCUCGACCCAUUGAGUACUCCCGGCGGCGUUUCGAAUUAUUCUAUGGACGUUGGCGUUGUGAAGGAGGAGGAGGAGGGUCAUAAUAAUAGCCUUGUCAUUGAACUGAAAUCCAGACCGAUUGCUGCUACUGCUACUACUACUAGUGCUGCUUUGGCCGUCUCUUCAGGGUGCAGGCAGUUCUGGAAAGCAGGGGACUACGAGACUUCUUCCUCUUGCGGCGGUCAAGUUUCUCUUGCCGACAUGGAUCAUGUCAGAGUUCAUCCUAGGUUCUUGCAUUCCAAUGCCACCAGCCAUAAAUGGGCUUUGGGAGCUUUUGCUGAACUUCUAGACAACUCACUAGAUGAGGACUGCAAUGGAGCUACCUAUGUCCUAGUUGAUGUGCUGGAGAACUUGGAGGACAACAACAAAAUGGUGUUGGUUCAAGAUGAUGGAGGUGGCAUGACUCCGGGUAAAAUGCGGCAGUGCAUGUCCCUUGGGUAUUCUGAUAAGAGCAAGAUGGCAAACACAAUUGGACAGUAUGGUAAUGGCUUUAAGACUAGUACUAUGAGGCUCGGGGCAGAUGUCAUUGUGUUUUCGCGUUGUAGAGGAUAUGGAGGAAGGGCAACACAAAGUAUUGGAUUGCUGUCUUAUACAUUUUUGCGGAGUACGGGCAAGGAAGAUAUAGUAGUUCCUAUGAUUGAUUAUGAGAAAGUGGGGGAGACGUGGAAUAAGUGUGUGAAGUCAUCCGCUGAAUGUUGGCAAAGAAAUAUUGAUACCAUUGUGCAGUGGUCCCCAUAUGAAAGUGAAGAAGAUCUUCUUGGACAGUUUGAUUUCUUGAACAAUCAAGGCACACGUAUCAUAAUUUAUAAUCUCUGGGAGGACGAACAAGGAUUGCUCGAGCUGGAUUUCGACACUGACCCACAUGAUAUUCAAAUCAGAGGUGUCAAUAGAGACGACAAAAAGAUAGAGAUGGCGAAAGUUUUCUCGAGCUCUAGGCAUUUUCUUACAUAUCGGCAUUCAUUGAGGAGCUAUACCUCGAUUUUGUACCUAAACCUUCCCCCAAGUUUCCAUAUCAUCUUACGAGGGAAGGACGUUGAUCAUCAUAAUAUAAUUGAUGAUAUGAUGCACACCAAAGAACUUGUAUAUAGGCCGGCAGCUUAUGCAGAUGCAGCACCAAAGGAUCCAAAUAUGUCAGCAACUGUGACACUCGGGUUUAUUAAGGAUGCAGCUCAUCAUAUUGAUGUUCAAGGGUUUAACGUGUAUCAUAAGAAUAGACUUAUCAAGCCUUUCUGGAGGGUAUGGAAUGCAGCAGGAAGUGAUGGUCGUGGAGUAAUAGGUGUUUUGCAAGCUAACUUCAUUGAGCCAGCACACGAUAAACAGGGAUUUGAGCGUACAACUGCACUUUCUAGACUUGAGGCUCGACUCGUACAUUUUCAGAAAACUUACUGGUCCUCACAAUGCCAGCUCAUUGGCUAUGCUCAACGACGUAAUCUAAAGAAGUCUGUUUCCCCCGAUAAAAACUUUUCACCUAGUGUCAAAGAUAAGAACAAUUGUACAUAUGAUACGAACCUGAACAAGCAACAUAACUCUUCCAAUCAGAACGAACAAAGAUCUCCUGAUGGAGUUUCACGGAGGAAUCAGUUUGAGGCCCGACACAUAAAUAGCCCUAGACCAGAAUCGGGCACAGCUUCUGUAAAUUUGCCAAUCAAGACAGAAGGCUACAACAGUGUUGGAUCUGGUGCUUUGGCCUCCAUCACUGAUGCGGUUAUCAAGUUGAAAGAGGAGAAUCUGAGCUUGAGAAGCAGUUUGAACAAUGCGCUGCAGGAUUUGCAGUAUGAAAAAGAAAAGAACGGUUCGUUGCAAAAUCAGCUUCAAGAAACCAAGCAAAUUUUGGAUAAAAUGGAUAAGGAACAGGAAAUGUUUGUUGGUUCCUUCGCUGAAGAACGAAGCCGGCGAGAAGAGGAAGAAGAGAAUUUGAGGAGGAGAUUGAAGGAUGCCUCUGAAACUAUACAAGGAUUGCUCACAAAAGUGAAGAGACUGGAGGCUUCAACUAAAUUGGGUUGA